AUGUCUACAGAGCCCAACUCUCCGCCCUCGUCCUCUUCGGAAGCACCGUCAUCGCCUACCUCACCGCCAUCGUCGUCUUCACAUCCACCAGUACAACCGCCGCCGCCGCCUUCACAGAAACAGCCUGCGCAGGGAUGGCUCAGUAAGCCGUACAUCGAUAUACGCAAUUCGCCGCCAGGCCCCCGCUCGCACAGCGCCGACGAGCGGUGCUUCACCUACUGCUCACAGACCUCGCGCGGGCGCAGCGAAGGCCGCGAGCCGUACUGCCGCUCUCUUUGCAUUCGCCGGGUUUUCGCGCACGAGGUCGAGCAGCUCAUCCGUCCCACUGCCGAGCACGAGAACGACACUGCAGAUCCCGUCUCUCAGUCUCAAUCUCAACCACAGUCACAGCAGCACCAGUCGACACCGAAGAAAGGCCUAUACAAGCUCCCUAUGGAAGGUCAGACACCGCGCCCGGCCGAGCCCGCGGGACCGAGCAACCCCGUACGGGACCUCGACGCAGUCAUGAGCGGGGAUGACCAGCCAGGUCUCUCGUCGUCGGAGGGAGAGCAACGGAAGGGCUUGACGAACGACCGGAAGGGGGCGGAGACGCGGUAUUGGGAGGAUGGGUGGUACGUGUGGUAUACCAAGAACCGGUCGGCGGCGCAGGAGCACAUCGGGUUGAUGCGGCAUGAUCUACGGAGGCAGACAGGGUGGCAGGAGAGGAAGGAGGACAUGGUCAAGGGACAGGGGAGGGAUACGAAGGCGCAGCAGGCUCAGCAGGCGCAGGCGCAAGAUCAGACUGGGGAGAAGAAAGAGGGUGCGUCGCCGCCGCCGCCGCCGCCUCCAAGGCAACCGCCUCGACCAACGAUUCCCCCUGAGCAGAUUAUCAGGCAGUGGGAGGAAUCCACGCUCAUCCGCCUCCCGCCUCCCAUCCCGUUCAUUGAGCCCGUACGGAACCUGCUUGCGCCGACGGGCAAGGCACUGGACAUCCUCAAGCAGAACUACCAAUCUGGUUCGUUUGCUAUCCUCGGCGAUAAGCUGUGGGAGAAAGCAUGGAGUCCCGAGCCAUUCUUGCUGGCGAGCAAUGCAUGUAAGAAGAUGUGGGAGAAGUGGAAGGAGGGGCCACCGUCGGACUCGUAGCGAGUUCGAGCAUGCUCGUUUAUUGCUGGUGAUCACUAGACGCAUAUUUACUAUAGAUGCUUUGGAACUAAUCACCGUCGUUGUAAGACUGGAAUCAGGAACUGUAGGAAAC